GCACAUAAAACGCUGCUCGAUUUCGCCCCCUUUCGCUGUCUUCUGCGUUUCCUCACUUCCCACCGCGUGCACAAAUGAGUGGAUGCAAGACUUCGAUUAAAAAAGUGAAGGACGUGACGGAAGCAACUGCGUUGGUUCAUGACUGGUUUGAACGAGAGAACAGGCCAGCCACUCCGCAGUCGCUAACUGACGCGUUGGGUAGUCGUGUUUCGAAAACGUGUAUUCAGAAGAUCCUUGACCAGCUGCACGCUGACAGCAAACUUUGUGUGAAAGACCUGAAAAAGAUUCGGUUUUAUUAUCUGCGUAUUGAUGAACCAACCGCUCACCGUGAUGGCGAAGGCAACGCGAUUUGCGAUGCACCAAAUGUCACGACUGCAACAGGGGACGAAAAGGCAGACGCCUCUGCGGAGAGGGACGACUCCGCUGCCCUUUGUGACGUGAGCCUGGCGGCUUCUUCUCUGGCUGAAAAGUACUGCAGCCUAGCACGCUGGCGCGGGUGGCCGUCACAGGAAGAGCGGGCGGCGCAACAAGAUGCACUGACAAGAGAAGUGCGACAGCUAGAGGCCGAUGUCGAGGUGCUUCAGGGAGGACGCAAAGCCGACGAGAAGGGAGUUGCCGAUGCGGAAACGCGUGCAUCGCGGGUGCGUCGAGCUGUGUGCCGCUAUCGCCGCGCUCGUCAAUUCUGGACAGAACGCAAAGGUUGGGCAAUGCGCCUUUUGGAGGCCACCGGCGGAGACGCGCAUUCGCCUCAGCACAUGGCCGCUUUGUUGGGCUGCACCACGGAUGCUGAUGUUGGUGUCUCGUUUGAGUCCACCGCUGUUGCACUACCCCGACAGAUGCUGCGCGAGAUCGGGCUGAACUAG